AUGUCGAGCCACGAGGAAAAUGAGUUGUACAUGGUCAAGGAGGCGCAAAGACUCCGAAAAAGCGAUCCUUGCGCGGCCAUGGCCUGGAUUAUCACGGCUAAAACACUUUAUCCCAAUGCAUUCAAUCUGCAAUACGAGGCUUACCUUCUGGAACGCGAUGGUAAAAAUUAUGAGGAGGCAGCAAAGUGUUUCAGCGUUAUGGCCUCCAAUUUCCCGAAUCAACAUACGGAGCUGUGGCAGGAGAUCAACUCCCUAACAAAUGCCCUCAGAAAUGAGAACGAAACUACGCCGGAACAUGAGUUCUAUGUGAAAAUGUAUAAGCACCUAACUCCAGAGGUUCAGCACAACAUAUUCAUGCACACGAUCAACCACAGUGCCGAUAAUCUGGAGCGCGUCUAUAUCUAUAUACUGAUGUUCAACAAGUUUCCCAAAUCGGCCAUAACUCAGGCUCCACGACUAUUGGAAAUGCUGGCUGAGGGCAUGAAAACCAAACCGGAUCUCUAUCAGAGAAUUCUGGUGAAGGAGGUUUUGCCCAUGAUCCAGAAUAAACCCCCGGAACUUUCGCCAAAUCUGGCCUGCAGACUAUAUACCAGUUCCUUGGAGUUUUAUCUACGGCAAAUCAUGGAUGAAUCGGAUACGGCGGAUGCCUGGAAGAACAUCUUCAAAGUCCUAAUGAUCUGCGGUCAGAUGAUGGGCUGGGAGCCCUUUUUGCCCUUCAGCAAACAUGUCAACCAGAACGUGUACUGGGAAAAGCUGGUGGACAUACUUUCCGGAAGUCCUGCCGGCAGCUCUCAGGUUUUGUUCUACGCCACCACCUUGUUUAUUUACUCCCUGCAUGGCUAUAUACGAAAUUGCAAGCUAAGGAUCGAGGAUGCAGAUGUAAGUCAUGUUUUGGUAGAGGGAUUCAUGGAAUGGUCCCCGGAAGGUGAUGUCUCCGAAGUACCCAGCAUGGAGCCACCAAAAUUCUCCCUGACCACGGCCAUAAGUCCGGAGUUAUCCAAGGCCUUCUUGCAUGCAGCCCAGUGCUGGCAAUUGCUCAAUACGGAUCAGUUUCAAAGGGAUUUCAGUCAACUCAUGCUCGCUCUUCCCUUGGCACCUUGGAUCUCAAGGUUCCUCUUCGACCUGGCCAUAUAUUUCGGACACCGGGAUGAGGCAAACAAGCUUAUGGCGGACAUGACCACCCAGAGCAGCCUGGUGCAGAGCCUGCAGAUCUUGAGCCUUAACCUAAUGCAGGGGAGCAUGACGCUUCAAGGCUUCCAGUGUAUUUUGAAGAUCCUCUCAGAACUUCCCGCCACCCAGGGCCAACUUUUGGAAAAUAUGUCGCUGAAGGGUCACAGGCACAUGGUUUUUCUGCCCCUCACUCGCUCAGCGUUGGUUCAGUAUUGCGUGGGAGCCAUCAUCAGCAGACUGAGUUGCAAGGUGUACGAACCGAACUGUCCAGACCGAUUACUGGGCGAUCUCCUAGUGCUGCAGCAACUGAAUCUGCUCAACGAUGUUCUGCUCACUCAACAGAUAUUUAACUUGAUCAAGCAACGCAAAUCGUUCAAUCUGCGCACCCUAUCCACCUACAUAAUAAAUAUCGAUUUAAUUGAGGAACUCUCGCACAUUUGGAACUCCCAGCAGGAGGAUAACUUUGAGUUGACCAGCUCGCCCAUUUCCAGUGGCACACCUACUGCGACAACUGCAGCUGGCGGUUCCCAAAGCCGUAGAAUUGGAACCCGUGGAGCGGAUAAAGGAGCCCGCGAUGAAUUUAGAGCGAUAACGCGCCAGCAGAUUGCCCGCUGUAAUGAGAAUGUGAUCACUUUGCUUGCGAAUUUCAUAAGCCAAGAACAUUUGAUGCUGGCACAACAUAUCUUUGGAAUCAGCCAGCCCGUGGAGACGAUUGUGAUUUAGUGAGCAGGUUAAUCUAUGGAGGGGUAAU